CAUCAAACUCAAAAUCACAAUCCCUAAUUCCCCAAAAUUUUCUCUGAAGAAGAAGCAACAAUGUCUGGUCGCGGAAAGGGAGGCAAGGGUUUGGGAAAGGGUGGAGCAAAGAGGCAUCGCAAGGUGCUCCGCGACAACAUCCAGGGAAUCACGAAACCCGCGAUUCGGAGGCUAGCCAGAAGAGGCGGCGUGAAAAGAAUCAGCGGCUUGAUCUACGAGGAAACCAGGGGUGUGCUCAAGAUCUUCCUCGAGAACGUCAUUCGCGACGCCGUCACCUACACCGAGCACGCUAGGAGAAAGACCGUCACGGCCAUGGACGUCGUUUACGCGCUCAAGAGGCAGGGAAGGACCCUCUACGGUUUCGGAGGCUGAGGGCUUGGGCUUUUUCUGGGCCUGGAUUUGUUCUUCGCUGGGCUUUAAAAUGUUGUUGGGAAUUUGUGUUUUGUUUAAUGGUUAUGUAUAUUAUCUUCUGCUCGGUAAUGCAAGACUUACUCAAGUUUCUUCUAUUAUUCUAAUUUCUACUAAUAAUUGCAUCCUAGUUAGUGUGAAUUUGAAGUAAAUUUAGUGAAUGACAAAUGGUUAUAUGAAUUUCGUGUGUUGAAUACUUUC